GUCUAAAAAAGAAGAAUCACAUACCAACUGUAUGUCUUCGUUUCCUUAUAUUGUCAAAACUGAUGCAUGACAACGAUGGGCAGAUGAUGUCUUUGCUCUUAGGAACUCUAUGGCUGCUUACAUUCUAAUCACCACCUCCAUUCUCCCUGCUUAUUGAUUUACAUGUUCUGUAAUCAUUGGCUGCCUGAAUGUUACACUUCAACAGGCUUCCGUCUGCUGAUUGGUUGCAACUGAAGGAGGGCAUGGCAGCUCUCACAACAGGCAUAAAAGGCAGUGUGUGGGAUCAGCCACAGAGGAGCAUUCAAUGAGCAACUUUGGCAAGCUAUUUACAUAGAACCACAGCAGCUGUUGUAACCAGUGAGUGUAAGUGAGUAAACUGAGACAGAUUUUUGGGACAUUUUCUUUACUUAUUUUUGCCCAAACAGGAAAAAAAACAAAAAGACAAACAAGCAUGUCUUUGGAGGUGAAGGAGAAGACCCAGGUGCGUCUAGUGUUUCUGGGGGCUGCAGGAGUGGGCAAGACAGCCCUGAUUCAACGCUUCCUCCAAGACACGUUUGAACCCAAACACCGGCGCACAGUGGAGGAGCUGCACAGCAAAGAGUAUGACAUCGCUGGGGUCAAGAUCACAGUAGAGAUCCUGGACACCAGUGGCAGCUACUCCUUCCCAGCAAUGCGCAAGCUCUCCAUCCAAAACAGCGACGCCUUCGCUCUGGUGUACGCUGUUGACGACCCAGAGUCACUGGAGGCUGUCAAGAGCCUCCGAGAUGAGAUUCUGGAGAUCAAGGAGGACAAGUACACACCAAUUGUGGUGGUGGGGAACAAAGUGGACCAGGAGCGGCAGGUGUCCAACGAUGACGUGCUGUCAACUGUAGAGCUGGACUGGAACAACAGUUACCUGGAAGCUUCCGCGAAGGAGAACUCCAACGUGGUGGAGGUGUUCAAGGAGCUCCUGCAGCAGGCGAACCUUCCCAGCCGGCUCAGCCCUGCUCUACGCAGACGCAGGGAGACCUUUCCGAAAGACACCAACUUCCGGCCACCCAUGAACAAGACCAAUAGCUGUAUUCUGUCGUAACGGAGACGGAGGGAGAAGAAGUGUCGUUUCUAUCACGAAGGGACACGGGAUGAGGAUGGAGGGUAAGCUGUGCAACUCAGUGCACAGAGAGAAAGAGUGAAGAGAAAAGCCUGGACUUUAGUCAGUGUGGGUUGCCUGACUGAGGAUUAGUGGUUCUGGACCAACAAAGACACUUCAGGGUUCACAAUUGAGAAGAAAAUAAAAUAACGAGGUGAAUGGUAGGAAGUGUGAACUUGAACAGACUGCCAGUGGAAAGAAGGAAGAUAAAUUAACCACUUAAGUUGUUUACUUAACGUAAUGUUGCUGCUUAUUUUGUGAGAUGCUGCUGGUGUUUAGAUCAAUGUGUAGCUUCUGGAUUUCAAAUUAAAAUGUUCACUUACAUCAAGAUAUUUGGACUGUUGCUCACAGAUUGUUUACUGAGAGAAAGUAUGUAUAUGUAUUGUGGUUCAUACAAAAGUCUCAUGUAAAUUGUUUUAAUUUAAAAAUUCACCUGUACCACAUCAUGUUUACAUUUUUUGUAUUCAAUUACAAUUUGCUAUUAAGCAUGGCAUUGCUCUUGUUUUUUACAUGCAAAUGUAAAUUGUAAAUGCACUUUUCAUUUUUAAAUAACCAUUCAAAAUUAUUAUUAGUUUUUUUUUUAAAGUUAGAUUUUUUUAUGGAAGCAUAUUUAACAAAUGCUGUUCAACAAAUAUAAGUGGAAUGUGGAUGUGGAUGUGAAAUCUGUAAUAAAAGCACAAAACAAUCUGUUGAUGUUAAUGUCGGAUGAAUACAUUAAAUGCUAAAUCAAUCAUAAAUCAAUCGUAAGUUAUAUAAAAAUUUUAAUAAUUGCUUUAAGGAAAGUAUGUUGGUGCAAAAAUAAAUAACACAACAACAUUGAUUAAAUACAUCACGGUCAUGGAACAUGCAAAAAUGCAAUUCAUAGCUACACUAUAGUAUGCAUAUGUUUGAAGCUAUAGUAUACUAGAAUAUUAU